AUGGGUAUUCCAUUUCCGGAUAUAGAUCCUUAUGAGGUUUUAGGAGUUGACAAAGAUGCGUCUCCGAUUCUAAUAAAAAAGACAUACAAAAGACUAUGUUUAAAGCAUCAUCCUGAUAAGAUCAAACAAAUGAAACAAAAUGACCGAUCUGGAGCAGCUUCGGAGGAAGAGCUAUUCACAAAGAUACAAUUUUCAUACAGCAUUUUGAGCGACCCCGUAAGAAGGAAUCGAUUUGACACGUUGGGCUCGUUGUCUGAACUUAAUGACGAUUACGAUGACGAAGGGUUUGAUUGGAAGGAAUAUUUCCAGUCAAUGAAUGAGAGAAUCACAGUUGAAAUGAUCGAAGAGGAUAGGGUCAAGUACCAAAAAUCAAAAGAAGAAAGGGAAGAUAUCGUUUCCAGUUUCAUCUAUUAUGAAGGCGAUUUUUUGAAGUUGUUUGAGGUAAUUCCCCAUUUAGACUUCACUGAAUCAGAAGAGGAACGAGUGUACAAAAUUAUUGAGCAAGAACUUCCUCGUUUGAAAGUGGACAAGUCUGUGACUAAAUCAUGGGAAAAAUACACAAAGAGUCGGAAAACUAAGGUGAAAAAUAUGUUGAAGAAAUUGGCCAAAGAAGCCAAAGAGGCUGAAGAAUUACAGAAACAGUUGAAAAAGAAGAAUGAGACAUCACAAGAUUUGGCAAGUUUGAUCAAAGGUCGUCAAAAUAACCGAUUGGACAGUUUAAUUUCGAAUCUAGAGGCCAAGUAUGGUAAGAAAAAGGGCACGAAAAGAAGCUCCAAGGAUAUUGAUGAUGAUGAGUUUGAGCGGAUUCAAGCACAAAUGUUUAAGAAAAGUAAGUAA